UCUGUGUUUUUUCCUCCUCAGAAGAGUUCAUUUGUAACUUCACACCGAGUCUCACCAUGUUCGGGGAGACGUUCAAAAACUUCAACAUCAGUUUUGCUGCUUUGAACGAGAGGAAUACUUUAACCAGUGGCGACGUGUUAACAGGGAAUAUCUCCUUCGACCUCACAUCGGAGACAAAUGUCAAUUCAAUAAUAAUGACACUGACGGGAGCGGCAAAUGUCCACUGGACCGUUUCAAAAAGGGUGAACAACCAUCGCAGCAGGGGAAGAAACAGGAGAACACAGACGAGGCACUACAGUGCAAAGCUGGACUUCUUCAACUUAAAAAACAUUAUCGCGCAACUACACAGUGGUACUGAUGGGACAGCAAAACUUCCGCCUGGUAGACAUGUGUAUCCAUUUGCAUGCCAGAUCCCUCAGGGAGACUUCCCGCCAACCUUCCAUGGCGUUCAUGGAAAAAUAGUGUAUUCGAUGACAGUCAGCAUUGACAGACCCUGGCAUCUGUCCAAAGACUUUGUGACAGAGUUGAACUUUGUAAAUCGCAUUAAUACCAACCAGCCAGAGCUGCAGAUCCCACUCUCAGGCACCAACAGCAAGACACUGUGCUGCCUGUGGUGUGCCUCAGGUCCGAUCACAUUGACAGUCACUUUGGAAAAGAAAGCCUUCGUACCAGGUGAGACUGUGAGAAUAAUCGGUGUGUUCAGUAAUGGUUCAUCUCGGACAGCUACUCCUAAAGCUAAGCUGCAACAGAAGCAAGUUGUCUAUACCCACAAUAAGGCCCACCACAAGAUGGUUCAGAAAAGCCUGAUGUUUGUGACUGGACAGCCUGUCAGUGCUCACAUCUCUGACAUGCACACUGAGAUGAUGCUCACUAUUCCCAACACAACGCCACUCACCAUCUCCAACUGCAGCAUCCUGAAGGUUGAUUACACGAUUGAGGUGAGCCUCAGUGUAAGAGCUUCGUCUGACCUCAAAGUGCUGUUUCCUAUCAUUCUUUGCGACACCCCUGUACAGUCUCUCUCCUCAACUUAUUAGUGAGUAUAUUUGAGAAUAUCUUGAAUUCAUAUUUUACGAUGUUUUAUAUGUCUCUGUGUGUUUUAUUUUUCUCUGCAGACAUGUUAUUCUUUUGCCUUACCUAACUGUAUUGUUUGAUG